AAACUGCCUGGAAUUCUUGACACUUUGCCUUCAACUCGCUGAAAACGAACAAUCCCUUCUGUUAGUUCUUUAACAACAGUCAAUAAAUUCUUAACUAAAAAUGGCCGGAGAAAACGUUGACGAAACCAAGCUUAAGGGAUUGUCCCGAAUUUUCAACGGCGAGACCAUUAGAGGACGGGCCAAUGUUGCAAAGGCUACCUACGCCGGCAUCGGGCUGCUCAUCCUGUACUUCUCGUUGAAGCCGUCGAAAAAGUGAAGGAUGUAGCCGAUUUGUUAGGAUAAGGCCAAAACCGCAAUACAAAUUACAUCCCGUCUCUUUAGUGUUACGGUCGAAACAGUGAAAAAAUACAUAUUAUGCAACAGUGCUGAAAA